GUGGCACACCCCUAAAAAUUGGUGUGGCACACCACUACAAAUUGGUGUCGCACAUCUCUACAAAAUGGGGUGGCACACCUCUACAAAUUGGUGUGGCACACCUCGACAAAAUGGGGCAGCACACCUCUACAAAUUGCUGUGGCACACCACUACAAAUUGCUGUUGCACACCGCUACAAACUGCUUUGGCACACCACCACAAAUUGCUGUGGCACACCACGACAAUACAAAUUGCUGUGGCACACCACUACAAAUUGGUUUGGCACACCUCUACAAAUUGCUGUUGGACACCACUACAAAUUUGGCACACCCCUAAAAAUUGGUGUGGCACACCACUACAAAUUGGUGUCGCACAUCUCUACAAAAUGGGGUGGCACACCUCUACAAAUUGGUGUGGCACACCUCGACAAAAUGGGGCAGCACACCUCUACAAAUUGCUGUGGCACACCACUACAAAUUGCUGUUGCACACCGCUACAAACUGCUUUGGCACACCACCACAAAUUGCUGUGGCACACCACGACAAAUUGGUAUUGCACACCACUACAAAUUGCUGUGGCACACCGCUACAAAUUGCAAAUUGCUGUGGCACACCACUACAAAUUGGUUUGGCACACCACAAAUUGGUUUGGCACACCUCUACAAAUUGCUGUUGGACACCAC